CAUUUAUUUAUAUAUUUUUUUCAGGGCGGACGCGAAACAUGAAGGCGCUGAUUUGCCUCGCGUUUUUCUUCGUUGCUGUUCAUGGCGGCGCCAUCAGAUACGAGGAAACGAUUGAGCAAAAAUACCGCCCAGUGAUGGUGCCAGUGUCUUCCACGGUGAUUCCAUUGGAUGACUUGCCUGUCUACAAGAUUGGCUUUGGUUUCGGCUUCAAUCCAGAACAAUUUGAUAAGACUGUGUUGAAGAAGGGAACGGAGAAAAAGAAGCUGGAUUUGAUAACCGCUCAGAAUAAGAAAAAAGAUCAACAGAAAAAUAAGACAAAGAGUGAUCCCAAAUCGGCCUCUGUUGAAUUCGGAGUCAAAGUUUCGAAAAUCUCUGAAGCAGAUUUCAAAAAGUUCAACUGAGUGCUGAUGAGUAUUGCUGACAUUAAUUUUUAGGAGAAGUAUAGAGAUGAUAACUUCCUUACACCAGUUUGAUAAAGUUGACUUGAAAUGCUUCAGAAAAUUAUAUGCUGAUCUUAUAAAAUCUUCGUUUUGCAUGGAUAAAGCUCAUUUGUUAUUUUCCUCAACAUUUGUAUUGGCUUUUUUUCUUAUCAUGAGUACCGAGAAUGACUAUAAUCAUGAGCUGUGAUUGUGAGUCGGUCUGAUGAUCAUGUGCUGCGAUUUACAAUACAAUUCCUAACAUUUUUAGAAAA